GCGUGUCAGAGUGAAGUAGCAGCGGAAGACAACUCGCCGUCCCGCUCAUCAGAGUGAUAGCAGUCUCGCCUGUGAGCCCGAGCCGUGAGCAGCGCAAGAGUGCAGCUGCACACCAGUUAACCCAAGCUGCUCCGAGUGAGGCAUGCUGCUCAGCAACAACCAGGCCGCCGGAGUCGACAGAGAGGGAAGCUCGAGUGUUGUCGCCGGCAGCAUGUCCAAGGAAAUACUGUUCAAAUUUCUAGUCAUCGGCGAUUAUGGCGUGGGCAAGACAGCAGUCGUCCGCCGUUACACAGACGGCCGCUUCUCUUCCAACUACAAAAUCACGAUAGGAGCGGACUUCUCUAUGCGAACCUUGCAGUGGGACGACAACACCAAGAUCAACCUGCAGCUCUGGGACAUUGCGGGUCAUGAGCGCUUUGGUUGCAUGACCAGAGUGUACUACAAAUAUGCCGUUGGCGCCGCGAUAGUGUUCGACCUCUCGCGGACAGCAACUUUCCAGUCCGUACGCAAGUGGCUCAAGGACCUGCGCGAGAAGCUGACCCUGGCCGACGGAGAGCCCGUGCCGAUCGUACUGCUGGCCAACAAGUGCGACAUUCCCGGCUACGGCGUCCAGCCCGAGGUCGUGACUCGCUUCUGCAAGGAGCAGGGCAUCCAGGCGUGGUUCCUCACAUCCGCAAAGACCAACGUCAACGUUGAUAAGGCGAUGCAGUUUUUAGUGGAACGUGCCAUGGGUUCACGCCAUCGAGAAAUCUCACGAGAGAGUGACGCUAUUCUUCUGAACAAUGAGUGCAACGAAGACAAUGCAGAGAAGGUUGAUAUUUGUUGCUGACAGCAUAUGCUAAUAGAAACAUUGGAAUAUCUAUACAAGACUGAAAUAAUGUUGGACCCUGUAAUUUAUUUUAGAUAGGUUAAUUGUUUAGGCAUUUUACCCAAUAUUCUAUUAUUUUGAAGAGAUUAAGACUGUUUAUAUAUCAAUAGCAUAACAUUUUGUAUAAAAAAAUACUUAAGUAUAUGUUUAUAUAUACAUUUUUAUUUUUGUUUUAAAAGGAUUAGAUAAAAUGUACUAUAUUGAAAUGAUCAGUAACAUUGUAUGUAUAUCAUUAAUUUAUUAUACGAGGCUCACUAGCAAGAAGCUUCCACUCACA